AUGGCCGAAGUGGCCGUGAGCCCCACACCCAAGCAUGAGCGGCGCCGCUCGUUGCUCGAUCGCGUCACCUGGAACCACAGGAGGUCGUCGUCGUUGUCCACACCGUCGCCGCUGGCACCAGGACCGGCAAAAGCUCAAGCACCCACUCCUCCACCUCCGCAGGGUGUCGCCUCACCACGGUCGCCGCCGCCACCACCCCCUGUGGCCGCGGCGGGCACGCCAGCACCCAUUGCGGGCCUGCCGCAGCCCGUCGCUGCUCCGACGCCGUCAGCAGCCGGCAGCCGCGCAACGAGCGUGCACCUCCCGGACAACGUCAGUGUUGGCAGCAGCGCGCGCAGUGGUCCCAGGACGGGCUCGGGGUCCAAGGGCAAGAAGCUGCUCCGCAAGAAGAAGGGCGUGCACUGGGCCGGCGACCCGGGGGAGCCUGCGUCCCCGCCGCCCGUGUUCCUCGACAAGGAGAAGCGGCCCAGCCGGUGGCGGACGAUGCUGGGCGGCAACAGCCACAAGCACGAGGACCAGGUCAUCGACGGGGUGGUGCACCAUGCGCCCAAGCUCAAGCCGCCAAAGCCGAGCCGGUCGAGCCUGAAGCAGGCCAAAGCAGAGGCCAAGGCCGAAGCCAAGGCUGCUGCGGCCGAGGAAAAGGAAAAGGCAAAGGCAAAAGGCAAAGGAAAGGACAGCGGCAAGGAGAACGGUAAAGACGCGGCCGCCAACGGCAACGGCAACGGCAAGCCCAAGGACGGCCGCGCGAGCCCGACGCCCAGCAACCACAGCUGGAAACACCACGAAAGCUACUUUCCCGAAUACGAACGCAUCGCUCCCGUCCCCAAGACCAACUAUUACGAGUUUGGUCCCGGCCCACUCAUCUACAACGUGCCCGGCGCCGAGGCUGCGCGGCUCGCCGCGGCCGCCAAGGUCGGCCAGGACAUUUCCGUCCACUACCCGGUCCUCCCGCGCUUUGAAGACUACGUCAAGGCCGGCGGCAAGGACUGGCGCAAGACGCAGUGGGGCGACGAGGGAUGGACCGGGUUCGGGUACGCGGGCGAAAAGCUGCCCAACCCGGCCGGCGAGACGUUUGGCGCGCCCAUGCCCGAGGCUGUCAAGAUUGACUAUCCCGUGCCGGCGGGCGAGCAGGGCGGGAAGAAGAAGAAGAAGAAGAACAACAAGAAGAAGGGCGGCGCAGGCGGCGGAGGAGGAGCGGAUGAUGGUGGCGACGACGAUGACGAUGACGACGACGACAAGUAG